AUGGACCUCAGCCCGCGACGGUGGGUGCCAUGGCUGCUGGUGGUGACCUUGGUGUCUCCUCGCGUGCAUCGCGCGCAGUCGCAGCUUCUCGACCCGUCACAAGGUGGGGUUCCUUCCAGGGCGCCUCAAGGCUACAUGCUGCAGGGCUCUCUGCCCGCCUCCAUAGGCAACCUCGUUUCCCUCUCCUACCUAGACUUCUACGGAGCAAGGUUGAAUGGGACUAUACCUGAUACCAUUGGCCAGCUCACAGCACUCUCACACCUCUUGCUAUGGUUCAACGAUCUGAGCGGCACUAUCCCCUACACCAUUAGUGCGCUCACCAACCUUCAGCAGCUAUGGCUGGGCAUGAACAAGCUCUCAGGCUCCAUCCCAGAUGAACUCAGCGCCCUUACUGCCCUCACCUGGCUAGACUUGGGUAACAACCGUCUGUCAGGCCCUGUUCCCCACUCCCUGGGUCUGCUCUCCAACCUGCUUCAACUCAACCUGGGCAACAACCAUCUGAAUGGCAGCAUACCACCGUCACUGGGGCACUUGUCGAGCCUCGACAGCCUCAACCUGGUUCACAACCAGUUCGCGGGGUCUCUACCCGCCACCCUAGGCCAGCUCACCAACCUCACUCGCCUCUGGUUUGACAGGGACCGGGUGCAGUGUGCGGCAGGGGGCCCAUGUGAGGUGCCGCAGGUGUCCAUGUCUCGCUUCUGUGCUUCCUGCACUGGCUUCUGCGCUUCUUGCACCAACGAAUCAG